AUGAGUUUCGAAACAUUGGCUAAUGAAUUAUUACUUGAUAUAUUCGAAUAUCUUUCAGCUGUUGAUCUUGCUCGUGCAUUUCAUCAAUUAAAUAACCGUUUUAAUAAUCUUCUUUUUAUUCAUUACAAAACUUAUCAUUUGGAUUUUCGAUCCAUAUCGAAAUGUGAUUUUGAUAUUUUUUGUCAACGAUAUUUACCACGGAUUACUGAUCGAAUUAUUUCUAUAACUCUAUCCGAUGAUAAGGAAACACCCGAUGCAAUUAAUUCCUUUCUUAGUUAUGGUAUAACUUUCUAUCAUUUGAUUUCUUUACAAUCAAUUAAAAUAUUUCAUCUUCAUUCGACGAUAUUAUUGAAUAGAUUGAUGACUGAAUGUCAUCAACUUCCAUAUUUAACUCAUCUCAAUUUCAUUGAUUGUUGUUUUAAAAAUGAACAUCAAUCAAUUUCUACUCAAUUGAAUAAUCUUUGGAUGUUACCUAAACUUAUCUCUUGUCAUAUGGAUAUAGAUUUUCAUGGUCAAAUUUAUAUAAUUCAUCCAUUAAUGAUUUCUACGUCAAUUCAAUCUCUCUCGAUUGAAUCAUAUUGUUACGGAUGGAAACAAUUAAAUCAUCUCUUACACCAGACACCUUCUCUUCGACAUCUUCAUAUAUUGUUACGAGAUGAUUCAGAAGAUGAACAAUCGCUUUUAUUUACUAGUACAUCAUUAGUUACAUUGAAAAUUUCAGCUUAUGAAUCACCAAUAACAUUAACAAAUCUUUUGAAAAGUGCACCAAAUCUCCCAUGUCAUACAAACCGCUUUAAAACCGUCAGUUAA